UGUACGGCCCGGGCACACUUGCAGUGACGACGAUACGGUCGAAUCUCUCUGCACAGUUGGACCGGACGACACUUCGUUAACUGUGGCCAACAUGACCACGCCGAUUCCUUGUCCGCCAUCCCUACCAUUCUUCGGCCAUGUUACCCAGAUCGAGAAGGAGGUGCCGCUACGCUCCUUCAUCCUGCUCUCGAAGCAGUAUGGAGAGGUCUAUGAGUUGCUGCAGUUCUCCCGGUCACUUCUCGUGGUCAGUACGUAUGAGCUCAUGACUGAUAUCUGCGACGACAAGCGGUUCGUCAAGAACCCCACCGGUGGUGCUCUCGCGCAAGUGAGGAAUGGUGUGGGGGAUGGCCUGUUCACUGCUCAACCAGGCGAAGAGAACUGGGAGCUGGCUCACCGCCUCCUCAUGCCUGCAUUUGGAACAGCAGCUGUCCGAGAGAUGUUCGACGACAUGUACGACAUCGCGGAGCAACUCGUCUUGAAGUGGGAACGCUUCGGUCCAAGCGUAGCCAUUAACCCUGCCGAGGAUUUCACCCGGCUCACCUUCGACACAAUCGCCCUCUGCUCCAUGUCUUACAGAUUGAACUCGUUCUACAGGGACUCGAGCCCGCCUUUCGUCGAGGCAAUGGUAGACUUCCUCGUCGAGUCUGGGCAGCGCGCCUUCCGGCCGUCGCUCGUGACAAAUAUGUUGGGCUACAACGCCAAGUACGAGCAGGACAUCAAGACCAUGGCGGACCUCGCCAACGAAAUUAUUGCGGAUCGGAAGGCGAACCCGACCGAUAAGAACGACCUGCUGAAUCGGAUGUUGUUGGGCAAGGACCCGAAGACAGGGAAGAGUCUGUCCGAUGAAAAUAUCAAGAAUAAUCUCCUCACGUUCCUCAUCGCCGGACACGAGACUACCUCAUCGACCCUCUCCUUCUCUAUGUACUUCAUCCUCAAGAAGCCCGAGGUCAUGCGCAAGCUCCGCGAAGAGCUCGACGAAGUCCUCGGCGACGAGCCCCCACAAGUCGGGGACCUCCACAAGCUGCCGUACCUCAACGCGUGUCUCCGCGAGUCGCUGCGCAUGGGCCCCGCGGCGCCGAUGCGCAGCGUCGAGGCGUCGGAGGACACCACGAUCGGCGGGGGCAAGUAUGCCGUCAAGAAGGGGCAGACUGUCGCCGUCCUCACGGCGCAGGCACUUAGGGACCCCAAGGUCUGGGGCGAAGAUGCGGAGGAGUUCAACCCGGAGCGGAUGCUGGGUGGCAAGUUCGAGGCGCUGCCUUCAAACGCCUGGCAGCCCUUCGGCUUCGGCAUGCGUGCCUGCAUCGGCCGCGCUUUCGCGCUGCAAGAAAUGCUGCUGAUCACGGCGCUCAUUUUCCAGCGGUUCGACGUGAUGAUGGACGACCCGUCGUACGAGCUCGCCAUCAAGCAGACGCUCACGAUCAAGCCGAAGGACUUCCGCAUCCGCGUCGCGCCCCGCAAGGACAGGGGCCACCCCGUCGCGCGCCCCAUCACCACCCGCGGGUCGGCGUUCCUCCAGGGACGCGGCGGGUCGAAGGUGCCGGGGCAGGCAGCGGUGGAGCGGAGCGGGAGUGCAGGCGCGAAGCAGCCGGUGUAUGUGCUGUAUGGCUCGAAUACGGGGACGAGCGAGACGUUUGCGCAGAGGGUGGUGAAUGAUGCUGCUGCGAGGGGUUUCCGCGCGAGUAUGGGCACGCUCGACUCAUUUGCAGGCAAGCUCCCCACAGACGGCCCCGUCGUGAUCAUCACCGCGUCCUUCGAGGGUGAGCCCGCAGACAACGCCGCACACUUCGUCGACUGGCUCUCCAACCUUAAGGGCUCCGAGCUCGCGAACGUGCGCUUCGCUGUCUUCGGCUGUGGGAACCGCGACUGGGUGCAGACGUACCAGCGCAUCCCCACGGUGAUCGACGCCCGCCUGGAGGAGCGAGGCGCGCGGAGGCUCGUAGCGUGCGGGGCGGGUGAUGCGAGUGCGGGAGAGUUCUUCGAGACGUUUGAUGAGUGGGAGGCAGGAUUGUGGGAGACGCUGGCUAAGGAGUAUGGGACUGCUGCGGUAGAGGAUGCGGAGGCUGGCCUUGUGGGUGGAUUGGAGGUGAAGACGGUGGAUGAGGGCACGUAUCGAGCUUCGGCCUUGCGUCAGCCGGAUGCUGCGCUUGGUACGGUUGUGGAGAACACGCUGCUCACUCUGCCGGAGGCUCCUACGAAGAGGCAUAUUGAGUUUGAGUUGCCAGAGGGCAUGUCGUAUAGGGCUGGCGACUACCUCGCCAUUCUGCCCUCAAACCCACCGCGAGACGUGCACAGGGUUAUCGCUCGAUUUGGGCUGUCUCCAGAGCAGGAGAUUGUCCUGUCUUCCAGUGGGCCCACGCCCCUCCCAGUCGACCGCCCCAUCACCGUCCAAACCCUUCUGUCCGGAUACGUCGAGCUCUCGCAGCCCGCGACCACGCGCGACCUGCGCAUCCUCCAAUCAGCAGAAAACGCGCCCGCCGAGGCGCUCCAGGCGCUCUCCGCCGCCUACACCGACAAGGUCCUCAACGCGCGCCUCAGCGUGCUCGACAUCCUCGAGGACCACCCCGCGCUCGGCUUGCCCUUCCCGACCUACCUCCAGAUGCUCCCCGCCAUGCGCAUCCGGCAGUACUCCAUCUCGUCCUCGCCGCUCUGGAACCCGUCGCACGUGACCCUUACCGUGAGCGUGGUAGACGCGCCUUCGCGCGCGGGGCGCAAGGACCCGUUCCUCGGCGUGGCGUCGACGUUCCUUGCGGGCCUAAGGCAGGGCGACCGCGUGCAGCUCGCUGUGCGCGCGAGCAGCGCGGCGUUCCACCCGCCUACGGACCCUGCCGUGCCGAUGGUCCUUUUCGCGGCGGGCUCGGGGCUCGCGCCGAUGCGCGGAUUCUUGCAGGAGCGCGCGAUGCAGCGGAAGGCGGGGCGAGAGGUCGCGAAGAGUCUGUUGUUCUUUGGAUGCAGGAGGCCUGGCGAGGACUUCCUGUAUGGGGAGACGGACCUGAAGGAGUGGCAGGAGCUGGGCAUUGUGGACGUGAGGCCGGCGUUCUCGAGGGCUACGGAAGAGUCGAAGGGAUGCAGAUACGUGCAUGACCGUGCGUGGCUCGACCGCGAGGAGGUCCGGGAGGCGUACAACGCCCAGGCUAAGUUCUACACCUGCGGGUCUCGCAAGAUCGCGCAGGGCAUCAAAGAGGUCUUGACCAAAGUCAUUAAGGAGGCGCAGAACCUCGAUGACACGGCGGCCGACGAGAUGUUCCAGCGCGCGAUCCGGGGGAGGUAUGCCACGGACAUCUUCGAGUAACCUGACAGUAGCAUGUUGCACGUCAACGUUUCAACCGGCGCCGCAUGGCCAUUGCGUGCAGCCUAUGGUA